UGGCAAUGAAUGACGUGAAGUUAACAGUUUGGCAAAGAGCAUCUGCAACGAAGUACUUGGCCAACACAGAGACGUCAACUGCAAGGCACUGACAGAUCUACUGCUGUAAAGUCACCAAUGACUGGGCUCCAGCAUGUCAGUCAAACUGCAUUUCCUCCACUCACAUCUGUCUUAUUGUCUUGACAACCUGUCUGAUGUGAGUGACGAGCAUGGAGAGAGAUUCCAUGAUGUUGCAGCAUUGGAAACUUACUACAAAGGUAUUAUGGGGAGUUUAGGCGGUACUGUUGCGAGAAGCAUUGAGAGCCGUGGCAUCGUGAGUGGUCCGAGCGUAGGUAACCUGGUGAGCAGUGGCGGAGGUGGCUCUGGGGGUCCCAGUCUGGCAGCACUGUCCUCGGCAGUGGCAGCAUCGCACAACACCAACUCACUAUUCAUGGCGAACAGUAUUCAAGCGACUGCUGCCACGCAACAACGGGCUGUCAGCGAGAUGCUGCGGCAUAUGCAAGGCCUCGGGAACAGAAGCUUAAGUGGCUUCGUUGGUAGACCGUACGGCAGCGGAGGCGGCAAUAGCAUGAUGGGUCUCCAUAGCAAUUUUGGAGGGGACUCUGCCCCUCCUCCGCUAGAUCUAUCAGAAUUUCCUUCUCUCUCUUCUCGAAACACUGACAGCUCUCAACCGAACCCAAUGGCUGGAAGACAACCUUAUGUUGGCAUGGUAAAGCAGCCUACACCAGAGACCUCAGAGUUCACUAUGAGCAGUGAAGAUUUUCCGGCAUUACCUGGCUCUCAAGCAAAUCCCACUGGUAAAAUCUUCUCGCCAUUUUCAGAUGAUGGGUUUUCGAAUAAUGAAAAGAAAUCAAAUUCUACGACAGGCACAGACACCCCUUCAGAUUUGGUGCUACGAGCAGCGGAGAAAUCACAGUCACAGAAGAGAGGAAUUCAGACAUCACCCGAUGGCAAGGUGACCAACAUUCCUGGCGGUAUGGUAACGGAUCAGUUUGGCAUGGUGGGGCUCCUGACAUUUAUCAGAGCAGCGGAAACAGACCACAACCUCGUCUCAUUGGCGUUAGGUUCUGAUCUAACUACGUUAGGUCUUAAUUUGAAUUCUCCAGAAAACCUAUACCCUAAUUUUGCUGGUCCUUGGGCAGAAACGCCAUGCAGACCGCAGGAUAUUGACUACCAUGUACCCCAAGAGUAUCUUACCAACCAACAAAUAAGAGGGAAGUUGGCGCCGGUUAAGUUUGACAGAUAUGGAGAAGAUCUACUCUUUUACAUGUUCUAUUCUAAUGCAGGAGAUUUGCUACAAAUUCUCGCAGCAGCUGAAUUGUAUAGUCGGGACUGGAGAUACCACAAGGACGAGCGUGUAUGGAUAACCAGAGCUCCAGGAAUGGCGCCUGUGGAUAAGGGUCCAAAUUAUGAACGUGGAACAUAUUUUUAUUUUGAUGCCCAGAAUUGGCGGAAAGUUCCCAAGGAAUUUCACCUGGAUUACGACAAGUUAGAAGAGCGUCCUCACAUACCCACCCCAGGCGGACUCAUCCACACCCCAACUUCAUCUAAUCUGUGACCAGCCUCAACUUCUUGCCAUGCCCAGUACCAUCCUCCCGGAGGAGCCUUAGCCCAGUUUUUGUGGUGGAAUCAAAUUGCUAUUUAUUAACUAUUUUGUAACAAAACUUCAUUUAUAUAAACCAAAACAUGAACUGUCCAUUUAAAUCUUCCAGUUGUCUUUAUAUACCUAAUGUACAGUGGUUAUUACAACAGGAGUUUUGAUAAGCUAAAUCUCACUUUGUUAACCAUAAAGACUGGGCAUUUGCACCCAUAGAAAGCCACCACAUUUUACAAGGAAUGUUUGGGUAUAAUGCAGCUGAGAGCACAAGAGCAGCGGGAAGUAAGUGAUACCCGGGGCACAUUUAUUGACAAUGUACGUGAGAGUUUAUUUUCUUUUAUUAUUUAUUUAUUUUUCUAUUUUGAGAUUGUAAUCUAUUUUAGCAUAUUGCUGAAGUAGCGAUAGAUUUCUAUUGUGGCGCUCAGUGUUACGAAGAUAUGCUUAUUUUAAAGCAUUAAAAUUAUAGUAUUUUAUUUGAAUAAUAUCCACAUUUUGGUGGCUAGUGUGAGGCAAGUAGUGACGUGGGUGACCGAGGCCGUUACUGCUGUACCGUGGUUAUGGGCUACUUAACAAAUGUACAGACACUGUGUAAUUGUGAUGCAAGGAGCGUUGGGCACAUUUAAAAGUGGCCAUUACAUUCAAGGAAUGACUGACCCUCGAGACCUCGGGUCGUCUUAGUUCAUCAUUGAAGGUGUACUCGGGUUUGUGAAUUUUGUUGUUCCGCCAAAUUUAACUAGAGAUUCAGUUGCCGUUUUUGUGCUCCUGGUCUGAUUACAAUUUACGGACGUAGUAUUUUUUUCAAUAUUAUUAUUUUAUUUUUUUACAGGAGUCGGUUUUUCCAUGUCAGGUGGAGGAAUAGCCUCAAAAAUAUUCAUAGUAUUUUAUAUCCAUCGUAAUGAUUUGCCUUCCCUGGGAGGCCUACAGUCUACUAUUUUUAAUUGACAUUUUUUCAACAUAAUAGAGUAUAUCAAAAAUUUAUUACUAAAUGUUUAAAUUUAUUGGUACAAUUACAAAGGUUUUUAAACCACAGGAUAGGACAUAACCGAGUUGGUUUUGAGAUUGAUAUCUAAGUCAUGUUAUUUUCUCCAUUUUUAAGUUCUAGUUUUUUAAAUGGUGCACCGUCAGUGCAUCACUCGGCAAUCUAGUACUUAAAAACAAAUCCUUUCUUCCAUUAUAAAUCUAGACCAAAUAACUCAUUUCCAACUCAGAUAGUUACAUUGGAUAUAAAACCCAGAGUACCAGAAACUUCAUAAUGAUGUCUGUUUCUUUCUGGUAACUGUGUUAUGUUGUUGUAGCAUUUAAGAGAACAAUAUACAGGGAAAUAAAGUUACUAGCACUUACUGUAUACACACACUAGUUAAAACUAGAAUCUUAAGCUCCGUGCAGACGAAAAUAUGGCUGAUAGUAAAGGGACGGGGAAAUUGAACACUGUUUUCAAGUCCCUAACUAAGAAGUUUUGGAUAUAUCCAUUUUUUACAAAAUUUGAUAAUCAUUUUUAGACUAGUUUGAAGCCGUCUGAAGGCUCAACACAUUAUCACAAUACAGUAAUAAUGAAGAGUACAAAACAAAUCUCACUAUACUAGAAAAAAACAGACUACUUAUGGUGUGCAAAUAAUUUGUAAUAUGAGCCUAUUCCUUGAUGUUCUUUCUUGAUGUAUAAUUAUGUACACAGUCAAUAUUAUUCUGUACUAAAUAGAUCUUGUUUUACAGUAACGGAGUUUCUUUUCUUAUAUAAACGGUAGGACAAUACACUUGGUGAAUUGUUUACAAUCAAUUUUAAGUAUAUUGAUUUUAUAUUUUGUAAUAAAUGGAAAUUUGA